UAGGAGAGAUGACUGCGAGUCUGUGUCUUCGUCUUCUUGUAAUAACAACAUUAACGAGUGUGGGAGUUUCGUAUUCGUGGAGCUAUAGCAACGUGAUUGACGAAAGCCCAAGUGAUUUUCAAAUAUGGACCGCUAUUGUUUCCUCACUUACUAGAUGGCGGGAGCUAAGGAAAAGAAAACUAAUGCAUCAUUCACAUGUGCACAAACGAGAUGAAGAAGUUGUUUGCUACACGCAAUAUAACUGGUGUUUCCGAGAUGAAGGUCCGUUUGACUACUUGGAUACACUCCCGGAAUCCCCGGAAGCAGUUGGGACACAAUUCUAUUUGUAUACCAGGAAAAACCCUCAUCAUGGGGAUCUUCUUCACUAUGAUGACAAAUCAUCUUUGUAUUUUUCCCAUUUUAAUGGUAGUAACCCAGUAAAAAUUGUAAUUCACGGUUUUGGAGGAAGUGCUGACAAGUCUUGGGUAAGACAAAUGGUAGAAGGUCUUCUUUAUGCUGCGGAUGUGAAUGUCAUUGUUGUUGACUGGGAAAAUGGCGCUAAAUUACCGAAUUAUGUGCAAGCAGCAGCUAAUACUCGACUCGUUGGUAAAGAAAUCGCACAGCUUAUACGUUUGAUAAACUAUGAACGAGGAACUACAAAUCAUGACUUCCAUCUGAUUGGAUUUUCGCUUGGCGCUCAUGUGGCUGGAUUUGUUGGCAGGGAAACAAAAAAUCUCAGUAGAAUAACAGGCUUAGAUCCAGCUGCACCUUUAUUUGAAGGCUACGAAGCAAAAGUACGAUUGGAUCCGACUGACGCCAAAUUCGUUGACGUCAUUCACUCUAAUGGAGAUAGUGUGAUUCGAGGGGGAUUUGGAGCUUAUGAAUCCAUGGGCCACGUGGAUUUCUUUCCAAACGGUGGAAAAUUCCAACAAGGUUGUAGCAGUGUCUUUGUUGGCGCCUUAUCCGAUAUUAUAUGGGGACAGUGGCAAUCUUUAUGUCAUCAUAGAAGAGCUCUUCAGUUUUUCAUGAACUCAUUGAUGCCAACUUGUUCGUUUCCUUCUGUGGCUUGUGAUAGCUACGAGGAGUUUGUUCGCGGUGACUGUUUCACGUGUUUCGAGGAUGCUUGUGGUAAUAUGGGCUAUUACGCUGACAAAUCAGCCCGCCAGGGGAGGAUGUAUCUGCUGACCCGUGCUGCGGAGCCUUUCUGUGGUAAUCAAUACAAAGUGAUGCUCAAUAGCACAGAGGGACAAGGGAAAACCUGGGGUGCUCUUGAAAUUACUUUGGUGGGCGAGAAAGGCGUGAAUGAAACGUUUCUUCUCACAAAGGAUUCCCAAGAGAUUCGAGAUAGUGAAGGUAUCCGAGGUAUUGUCGUCACUCAUCCAUUAUUGACCAAUAUAAGCAGAAUAAGCCUAUUGUAUACCAAGUACAAAGGAUGGAUUUACAGCGGACUAGAUGAAUGGAAAGUGGACAAAGUUUCCAUCACGGACCCAUUCGGAAAUAUUUUCUCCUACUGCGGCUAUGCUACAGUUUUAAGAGAUGGGGAGCAGACAAAGUUUGAUCUCGAGGCAGGUGAAUGUGUUAUCCCACCUCCAUCCCAGAGAGCUCCAAGACUAGUGUGGGAAAUAGUCAGAGAACCUAUCAAGGGACCAAGUCCUUUACCGCCAAAAGUACUGUGGACGUUAAGUUUCAAACGGUUAUCAAAGUGGUUACCAUGGUGACAAAACUGUAGCAAGUAACUGAGAGACGGAUUCUUCUUCACAUCUUUCCAUGUGUGAUUUUUUUUUAUGGUAAACCAUUACUUUUUCAGACUUCAUGCUAAAAUUGUUACACUUAAAAUGUGGUUUCAUUGUUGCUACCAUGUUUAACAUUCUAUUUUAUUCUGGGGUACAACCAAAAUGUUUUGAUACUUUUUCAAGAAUCAUCCACAGAUGUGUUUUAUUUUUACUGAAACACACAUCUUUAGAAGAAAUAAAAUUUGUUUUGUUAUUUUGAAUUAAAAGAUGAAAAAACAAUGUGCAAGUUAAAAAAGAAACGAUCUGACUAUGGAGUUUUAAAAACAAUAAUAUAUUUACUGUAGAAAGGUUCUUCCUUGUUUUUAAGUCUAUAAAACAAGUUGGAAUAUUCUUGUUAUAAAUUUGUUAUAUUAUUAGUAAAAAGCAUGUUUGUUAUGGAAACCAUCAUAAUAAAACACACCCACAAUUCUUCUACUAAGCAUAUUACAUGUUGGAGCAGACACAUAACAAAUAAAUUGAAAACUAACAAAACAAACAAAAAACUGCCAAACAAAAUGGACAUGUUUAGCCCAUGUAAACUGUAUGUUUGGUUGGUUCAGUGUAGUAGUGAAUUUUAAUUGUCAUUUUGUGGAAAAAAAAGCAUAAACAAUAUGUUAAUAAUAAAUAUUUCCAAAAAAGCUUAUAAAAAGGACACAGUAAUUUCAAAAUUAGUAAGAUUUUUUAGGAUCAUUUUAUUAUUUUGUGUCCACAUUUUUCAGCCCAAGAGUGAACCUAAGGUCACUAUGAUAUUUUGUAAAGUAUAUCUUUAUUACUAAUAAAAAAAAGUAUGAAAGUGAUAAGUUAUUGAGUAAUCUAGUCUACUAGUUCGUAAUUCUUGUUUAAAAUUAUAUUACACAACUGUAUGAAGUUUCUAAGUUUAUAUUUACAUCACAAUGAAUACUCCACACAUUACAAUAUUCCCAAAUUCAAUCAAGUUCCCAUUUUAUUUGCAGGAGAAUUUGAGUAUUAGUUGCUAUUGGUAUAACAGCUUAACUGCAUUGAGGCAAUAUUAUGUACUUCUUAUUAUGGCAAAGAAAACACCCUUCAUGAUAGAGUCCUAGAUCACCAGUUAUGAAUGAGCAAGAAUUAAGGUUACAUCACCUACAUAUUAAAAUAUGAGCUUAUUUGACAAUGUUACAGGCAGAGACAAAUAGACCUAUAAUUUGAAUAAAUCUCAGCAUUUACCUGAAUUUCAUUAACAAAUUUUUAUCUGAUCAGUGACCACAUAAAAAAAAAGCUAGAAACAGAAAUUAUGCAUAGCAUGAAAUAUCCCAUUACUUAAUAGAAUGUGUAUGUUACCAACAAGGGUCAGUUACUAAAAUAUUGUAUAAUUUUCAAUGUGUGACAAAACAUGUAUACCUGUUUCUCAGUUAAUGCUUUGUUAUGGUUAAUUAAACAUCAAAUGGCUAACAAAUAAUGAUGUGUUAUUAUAAAGUUAUAACAUAAAUUAUAAAAUCAUUAUCUUAAUUGUUUUACUGUGCUAUUGAAUCGCUAAUAUGAAAUGUAUACCACAAGGAUUAGUGUGAGAGAAGUAAAAAUAUAAGGUUAUUAUAAACGUGUCACUGACACUAGAGCAUUUUACUGGAAUUAAAGAGCUUUACUUUCUACUAUACCAUCUAUAUCUAUUCUUAAUCAAGCUAAAUUCCACGGUAGUUAAGAAAGCUCUUUAUUAUAAACUUUUUAGUAACUACAAUAGAAAAUAUUCUGUAUGUGCAAUAAAUCUAAACUAUACGAUGAUAAUUACACUUAGUACUUCCAUGACACGCUUUUAUCAUUACUUAAAACAUAUAUAUAGAGGAAGAUAUUCGUAUGAUAAAAAAAAGUAAUAUUUUGGUAAGAAUUUUUCUAAAUUAACAUUCUGGACCUUUAGCCUACCCAUCAUAUUGUAAAAAACAAACAACCUAUAUUACACAGAUUGUUUACAAAACUAAGUAAUAUUUCCAAAACAAAUGUGAGUGGAUAAAUAUUUAAGUUAUUUGGAAUACUGUUUUGAGAAAAGCAGUGAAAGUCGAAAAAUUUGGUAAGAACUUUGAAAAAAAUUAAAUAGUAAUCCAUCUUUAACUCAAAAAAUAAUUACUUUAUACUUCUUUAAAAUAAAUUAUUCUUACUUGCCUUACAGCAUAGAAUAGCUAAACUAGCAAAUUCUCCUUGGAAAAUGUGUAAUAAGUAUAUAUAUAUAGAUUUAAUAAUCUACUCUUUUCAUUAUCCAAUGUUUUUCUGAUAAAGGAGCGAAGCUUUUAUAACAAUACUUUAGUUAACUUGUCAAAGAUUUAUUUUUGUUCCCGUUAAUGUACACUCACUCACCUAUCAAAAUAUUAGAAACCCCAGCCUAAUAAUGUGUUAGUCCUCCUUGUGUUUUGAUUCCUUUGUCACCUAGUUCUUUUCUUUUUCUGUCUUUGUAUAAACACAAAGUGAGGACCAGGCUAUUCUAUACACAGGGGUUUCUAAUACUGUGGUAAUGAGUGUAAGUUACAAAUUACAAAAAUAUAUCUUGAAUCUGGUUGUAAUGUUAGAUGAAAGUUCGGUCUUAAUUCUUGGUUUGGUUGUAUGAAGACUGCAGCUCUUUUAUGUUUUUAAAGAUAUACAACUAACACCAUCUAGCGGAAUAAAACUAAACAAUAUUAGUGGUGAAAGCUGUUCAUGAUAAGAAGAUAGAAAUGGGAAACUUGGUCAAUAAUAACUCCAAAGCUAGAAAUCUGAUUCAGGUGUAUUUGGUAAAG